AUGCAGGGAGACCAGGUGCUGCUAUGGUUCUUGUUGGGUCUCAGGAUACAACUCUCCUUUGGUGUCAUCCCAGUGGAGGAGGAGAAGCCAGCCUUCUGGAACCAAAAGGCAGCCGAGGCCCUGAAUGCUGCCAAGAAGCUGCAGCCCAUUCAGACAUCAGCCAAGAACCUCAUCAUCUUCCUGGGGGACGGGAUGGGGGUGCCCACAGUGACAGCUACCAGGAUCCUAAAGGGACAGAUGGAAGGCCAUCUAGGACCUGAGACACCCCUAGCCAUGGACCGCUUCCCAUACAUGGCUCUGUCCAAGACAUACAACGUGGACAGACAGGUCCCAGACAGUGCAGGCACAGCCACCGCCUAUCUCUGUGGAGUCAAGGGCAACUACAAGACCAUUGGUGUGAGCGCAGCGGCCCGAGUUGACCAGUGCAACACCACAUUUGGCAACGAGGUCGUCUCAGUGAUGUAUCGUGCCAAACAAGCAGGAAAGUCUGUGGGAGUGGUGACCACCACCAGGGUGCAGCACGCCUCUCCAGCUGGCACGUACGCGCACACGGUGAACCGGAAUUGGUACUCAGAUGCAGAAAUGCCUCCUUCUGCGCUGCAGGAGGGCUGCAAGGACAUUGCCACACAACUUGUUUCCAACAUGGACAUUGAUGUGAUUCUCGGUGGAGGCCGUAAGUCCAUGUUUCCCAAGGGGACGCCAGACCUUGAAUACCCGGAUGACGCUGCCCAAAAUGGAACCAGGCUGGAUGGACAGGACCUCGUACAGGCGUGGCUGAUGAAGCACCAGGGGGCCCGGUAUGUUUGGAACCGCACAGAGCUCCUUCAGGCGUCCCAGGACUCCACAGUGACUCACCUCAUGGGCCUCUUUGAACCAGCAGAAAUGAAAUAUGACAUCUACCGAGACCCUACCCAAGACCCCUCCCUGGCGGAGAUGACAGAGGUGGCCGUGCGCAUGCUGAGCAGGAACCCCCAAGGCUUCUACCUCUUUGUGGAAGGGGGUCGUAUUGACCAAGGCCAUCAUGCGGGCACGGCCUACCUGGCAUUGACUGAGGCCGUCAUGUUCGACUCGGCCAUUGAUAAAGCAGACAAGCUCACCAAUGAGCAGGACACGAUGAUCCUUGUCACCGCUGACCACUCCCACGUCUUCUCCUUUGGUGGCUACACACUUCGGGGGACCUCCAUCUUCGGUCUGGCCCCACUCAACGCUGAAGACGGCAAAUCCUACACCUCCAUUCUCUAUGGUAACGGCCCGGGCUACGUGCUUGAUUCUGGAGCCCGGCCCAAUGUCAACAGUACUGAGAGUGGUAAGCCCUCGUACCGGCAGCAGGCGGCUGUGCCGCUGUCCUCGGAGACCCACGGCGGGGAGGACGUGGCGAUUUUCGCGCGUGGCCCGCAGGCACACCUGGUGCACGGAGUACAGGAGCAAAACUACAUCGCGCACGUCAUGGCCUUUGCAGGCUGCCUGGAGCCCUACACCGACUGCGGCCUGGCGCCCCCUGCCGGCCAGAGCGGCGCAACCACCCCGGGCCAGAGCACCACCACCAGGAGCCAGAGCACCACCACCAGGGUCACAAACAGCGCAGUCGGCCAGGCCACUGUCUUGCUGUCCCUGCAGCUGCUGUUCAGCACACUGCUAUUAGUAGUGACCGCCAUGGUGACAUCCUGA